GGACCCGCGGGUUCCCAGCCGCGCUGAGGUCACAGGGAGACGGCCUGGCGUCCGAGCCGAGCGCCUGCGCUAAGCGAGGCUAGAACGGAGCCAGAGCUCUAGCGGAUCCCGAGCCCAGCGAGCAGGGAGACGCCGAGGCGCACGGCCUCACGUCGCCCUGCCAGGCCGGCAUGGAGGAGUGCCGGGUGCUCUCCAUCCAGAGCCACGUCGUCCGCGGCUACGUGGGCAACCGGGCGGCCACGUUCCCGCUGCAGGUGCUGGGGUUUGAGAUCGAUGCUGUGAACUCCGUCCAGUUUUCAAACCACACAGGCUACGCCCACUGGAAGGGCCAAGUGCUGAACGCGGAUGAGCUCCACGAGGUGUACAAAGGUCUGAAGCUGAACAACGUGAAUAAAUAUGACUACGUGCUCACGGGGUACACAAGGGACAAGUCCUUCCUGGCCAUGGUGGUGGACAUCGUGCGGGAGCUGAAGCAGGAGAACGCUCAGCUUGUGUACGUGUGUGACCCGGUGAUGGGGGACAAGUGGGACGGUGAAGGCUCUAUGUACGUUCCAGAGGACCUCCUGCCCGUGUACAAAGAGAAGGUCGUGCCCGUUGCAGACAUUAUAACCCCUAACCAGUUUGAGGCCGAGUUACUGAGCGGCAGGAAGAUCCACAGCCAGGAUGAAGCCUUAGCGGUGACUCAGGAGUGGCCGACGCACUCCCUGUGCCCGGCAGGUGAUGGGACGUGCUGCACUCCAUGGGCCCCGACACAGUGGUCAUCACCAGCUCCGACCUGCCCUCCCCAGCGGGGCAGCGACUACCUGAUCGUCCUGGGGAGCCAGAGGACCCGGCACCCCGACGGCUCUGUGGUGACCGAGCGCAUCCGCAUGGACAUUCGGAAGGUAGACGCCGUCUUCGUGGGCACCGGGGACCUCUUUGCUGCCAUGCUCCUGGCAUGGACACACAAGCACCCCAACAACCUCAAGGUGGCCUGUGAGAAGACGGUGUCGGCCAUGCACCACGUGCUGCAGCGGACCAUCAAGUGUGCGCAAGCCCAGGCCGGGGACAGACAGAAGCCCAGCCCGGCCCAGCUGGAGCUGAGGAUGGUCCAGAGCAAAAGGGACAUCGAGAACCCGGAGAUCGUCGUCCAGGCCACGGUGCUGUGAGGACCGCGUGCGUGCGCCCGCCUCCCGGCGCGCAGCGUGUCGGCGUGUCCCACUUCGUCCCGUGAGAGAUGUGACGUCUGCCUUAGAGCCGUGACCGAGACUUGACGUGUCUUUUCUUUCGUGUCUGUCCAGCAUCCGCUGGUGUUCAUCGUGAAAUCGUGCCAGUCGUGCUUUUUAAAAAUAACAAAGUGAUCACAGAA